AUGGGACUAUGGCUCCUGAAUGGGAUAGUGGCAUUGACUUUCCUCGCCUGUUGCCCGAUGUCAGGCCAGUAUCUUGCAGCAGCACAGGAUAAGCUCAGGAGGAGAAUAGGGCGGGCAGAUCAACCCUCAACUCCUGCCCCAGUGGAUUGCCAGCUCAGUGAGUGGUCAGCAUGGACUGAAUGCUUUCCUUGCCUGGGUAAAAAGCAUCGAUACAGAAAUCUCCUACAACCAUCCAAGUUUGGGGGAAACCUAUGCCUUGGCGACCUUUGGGAUGAAGUAGCCUGCACCAGCCCUGAGGCCUGUACAACACAAAUCCAGUGUGGCUAUGAUUUCCAGUGUAAGGAAUCAGGUCGUUGCAUCAAACGGCGCUUUCUAUGCAACGGAGAUCAAGACUGUAAUGAUGGAUCUGAUGAAGAGGAUUGUGAAGAUUCUGGAAUCCUUAAAAAUGAUUGCCUGGAAUUCAACCCCAUCCCUGGGUCAGAAAUGGCAGCCCAGGGGUAUAACAUUCUGACAGAAGAAGAAAAGAUGUAUGUGUAUGACCCUGUGUUCUUUGGGGGCUUGUGUGAGCGGGUCUAUAAUGGAGACUGGAAGUCCCUCAGAUAUGAUGCUGUCUGUGAGAAUCUUGAUUAUGAUGAGAAGUAUUUCCGUAGACCAUACAACUUCAUCAAGUACCAAUUUGAGACACAGGCCCAAUCUGACUUCCACUCACAAUUUUAUAGUCAUGUUGAAGAGCUAACCACAGCCCUCCAUAAGGAAAAAUUCAAAAGUACAAGAGUCUCCAUUGGAAUCCCCAUCUACUCUGUAAUCCUGGGUAUAGGCGUCUCCUUAGCCUCUGGAAAGGGCUCGCUGAAGAAUCUGACCGAGUACACAGAGAAGGAAUAUGGCUUCAUCCGAGCCUACACAAGAGCCCAGACUGCUCAGUUCAGGAUGAGGAGAGACAACAUUGUCCUGGCUGAGGACAUACUACAAGCAAUCACUGAGCUCCCUGACCAGUAUGAUUACGGCAUGUAUGCCAAGUUUAUUAAUGACUUCGGCACUCACUACAUCACCUCUGGAGCCAUGGGAGGCAUCUUUGAAUAUAUUCUAGUUGUCAACAAGGAAGUCAUGAAAACAAAACAGAUUACUGAUGAAAGUGUAAGUUCCUGCUUUGGAGCCUCUCUGGGUAUUCAAUACAAGCAGGUCCAAGGUCAGGUGAUGGGCUCAAAAUGUAAGAAAGAUGGAUCCGGAUCAUAUGAUAAGUCUUUGAAAGACAUGGGUGUUAGGGACAUUAUAUCACGUGUGCGUGGUGGAACCACUGGACCAAGCUCUGGCCUCUCCAACAGCUGGACAGCUGAGACGUAUCUUUCCUGGGGGAGGUCGUUAAAGGAUAAUCCUGCUGUUAUUGAUUUUGAGCUCAUGCCUAUCUUUUCCAUCCUAUGCCAAAGCAACUUGGGCUCCCAUGAACGAAAAUGGCAGAACAUGAGGAGGGCACUGGAUGAAUAUCUGGCAGAACAUGACACUUGCCGCUGUGGGCCCUGUGUCAACAAUGGGGAGCCCAUCCUGGAGGGUACCAGCUGUCUGUGCAAGUGUCCCUUGGGUCGAUCUGGUCCUGCCUGUGAGAAAAUGGAACAUCAGGGAAGCCCAACAGAUGGCCGCUGGAGUUGCUGGAGUUCCUGGUCCCCCUGCCGGGUGGGCAUCAAGGAGAGGUCAAGAAGCUGCAGCAACCCAGCCCCUCAGAAUGGAGGAGCCCCAUGCCCAGGAUCCAGUACGGAGAGACAAGAGUGCUGAGGGCCUCAAGGAGGCCACUGGUGCCCUGUGUUUGAUCAUUCUUCUGGCCAGCAGGUUGAAUGUGGCCACCUCUAUCUACUGUCCCCUGUACCAAAUUAACAAGAAUAAUAAUAUAAUAAAUUCACCAAGUCUA